CCACAACAAGACACGACGUCGUAUCCAGGCACAAGAGUUUCUUUUCUACACGACAUACUGCAAAAGUAUAACGCUGAAUCUUCCGAUGCAGCGAUUCUUGUACUCUACAGCAACUGCAACUAUCCUCGCGGCUUCGAUUAGUUUCCUCGUCUCACUACUUGACUCGUCAUCAGACAAAGGUGCCCUGUGUGCCUCAUCGAGGCUGUCUUUGGGAUAGGCAGAGGGUCAAGUGAUUCGAUAACAUAGCCGACCACAACACAGAAAGCGUCUCGUGAAUGGUCAAGAACAUUUCGUUGGGAAGUCUGACACGUUGCCGCAUUGCGGAAAAUUAUCCGUCUCAUUAAUAUGGCCGAAAGUCUACUCAAAGCUUUAGGCUCGGAGAUAGACGAUCCAGAAGAAGAGGCUUUCCUCCUUUUUUCUCAAUCAAUACCUUCUCAAGAUCUUGGCUUUGUUGAUCCUAAGGCAACAUCGUUGGAGUUAACAAUCAAUGGUCGAGAUCUGACUAUUCACCAAUCACCUACUUUACUUUCAUCGAAUCGAGGAGGUGGUACUACCGGAGCUGUUGUCUGGAAGAUUACACCUCUGUUCGCAUCAUGGAUUACUCAACCUGCAAACCUGCUUUUCAAGCAUGGCAUACUGCAAUCUACCUCAACGGUCCUUGAACUCGGUUGUGGGAUCUCUGGGAUCAUCGGACUAUCUCUAGGGCCGACGGUGGGAUGUUACACCUUAACGGAUCAAGACUAUGUAUCGAAGUUGCUGAGUCAAAAUCUCGAAGAGAAUUGCCAGACAUCUAUGUCUGGAAGUCGAGGCAGGAAAAGCAGUGUAAAGCCGAAGAAAAGAGCAGUGAAAGCCGAGUCAAUAUCGGACCCAGGUAAUAUUAUGUACAAACCAUUGGAUUGGGAGACCGACGAAGUUACAACCUCUCUGAUUGGCGUCGAGAAGAAGAGCUUCGAUGUUGUCAUUGCUUGCGACUGCAUCUAUAAUGAUGCCCUUAUUGACCCUUUAGUACAAACAAGUAUCGAUGCUUGUAAGCUGAGGUUAGAAGACACUGACAAUAGUUGUCCCACAAUUUGUCUCGUUGCACAGCAACUUCGGUCAUCAGAAGUCUUCGAAGGAUGGUUAAAAGCGUUUCAUGAAAGGUUUCGAGUAUGGCGGAUACCAGACGAGGAGCUGAUAGAUGGUUUGAAGACAGACUCAGGCUUUGUAGUCCAUAUUGGCGUUCUUCGAGCAUGAUUGUUGUCUUUAACAAACCAUUGCAGUUCAUAGUUAUCAGUCGAAUAGAGCUGAAUGGCAACAUCGAAAUACACUUGCCAAUAUGACAGGUG